AUGAUGACUUAUGAUGAAAUUCUGGGAAUCAUAUACAUGCAAAUAACUGGAGUUGGAUUUCUAUGGAACUGUGUCUUCCUAUUCCUAAACAUCUAUAAUUUCCUCAUUACUCAUAGGACAAAACCUAUAAACAUAAUUAUCACCCAUUUGGCCUUUUCCAAUGCUAUGUUUCUUCUCUUUGGGGGGAUACCCAAUAUAAUAAGGAUUUCAAGGGUCAAAUGUUUACUAGAAGAGCUGGGAACUAGAAUCAUAACCUAUUGGCAGGCAAUAGGUCGAGGUCUCUCCCUAGAUAGCACCUGCCUCUUGAGUGCCUUCCAGGCCAUCACUAUUAGUCCCAACAACUCCAGAUGGGCACAGCUUAAAACCAGAGCACCAAAAGGUAUCACUCAGUGCAUUCUUCUGUGUUGGGUAUUCAAUCUACUUCUAAAUGUGAUGGUAUUUUUCCUCCAAACUAUUCCCCAAAAUAGCACAGACAGUAAAUAUGGAUGUAAUACUGGAUAUAGGAUCCUAGAUAUAAAUAAUGGGAAUCACGUAAAAAUUAGAAUCUUUUCAUUUGUUCAUGAUUCUUUCUUUCUGUGUUUCAUGACUUGUUCUAGUGUCUACGUGGUUGUAAUACUGUAUAGACACAAGAGGAAUGUCAAUCAUAUUCAUAAUAAUAGUCGAUCGAUAAAAAUAUCCACUGAAAUCAGAGCCACUCAAGCAAUUGUGCUUCUAGUGAGCACCUUUAUUUUGUUUAAUGUAUUCAGUCCCAUUUUUAUGCUGUAUAUGUCCUAUUUUAAAUACUCAGCUACUUGGAUUAUACGAACCUCAGUCUUUCUCUCUCUGGGAUAUCCAACACUCAGCCCUUUUCUUCUGAUGAGUGUUGAUAAACAGAUUCCCAGGUUUGUGCUCUGUAAGGAAUUAAAAUUUAGGGUAAUUAUAGACUGUUAUACGGAGAGUGAAAGAAGGUUGUUUAGAGGAUGGGACCAGAUGGUUCAAAUAGGACCAGUAUCAGAAGAUGAACAGUUUUGGGAAGUCCAACCAAGCCCAGUGCAGGCAGGGCUUGAAUGUGAGAUGACUCGCACAGACCACACAGUAACAAAGAUGGAUGUGUUAUUUAUUUUAACGGAGAAAGGUUAA